AUGCCGUUACGACACUCAGCCGCGCUGAACAGAGCUGGUUGCUGCAAGUCCUGGGCAUGGACAAACUCCCAGCCGACCUAGACUCGAGCACGAAGGUCCUUGCGAAGAUGAUCUCCGAUAAGAUGUCUACCGGCUCCAAGGCGAAGCAGGAGACCGCUCAGGUGAACAAGAUGCUGGUGAACCACAUGGACGACCUGCCCUCGGAGAAGAAGGACAAGUCCCUUGCCGUGAUCACGAUCAUCACUGGCCGUGGCGACUGA